UAUUUCAGGGCAAGACUAGGAAUAGUGCUGAGAAAAUGAAUCUCAAGGUUGAUUUGGAAACAAACUUUGCUGACUAUGUUGUAAAUGUAGGAAAAGUCAUCCUUGGGAAUAAGAAAAGGAAUGAGGUGGACCCUUGCCUGCGGAAGACACAGGAUGACAUCAUCUCGCGUGCAGUAUGUGCUCUGCUGAAUUCUGGUGGAGGCGUGGUCCAGAUUGAGAUUGAGAAUAAAAACUACAACUAUGCAAGAGACGGAGUAGGACUGAACGAGCAUCCGGUUUUCCGGGGUUAUUUAGAUGAGAUGCAAAAGGAAGACAACUUUUUUAUUUUUGUGAAAUCAUGGGACGCCAAGUCCUCUGGUGUACGGCUCGCUACUUUGUGCUCGAAUUUGUACCACAGGCAUAGAGCCUUCACUGAUGUCAUGUCCCCUCAGGACGCACUGGCAUUCCUCAGAAGGAAGAGUCAGCCUCUUAUGAAUACGAAUAUUCACAAUUCCCUCUUGUUAAGUCCACAGAAUGUUGAGGACGGUGUACAAAGUGAAAGUAGCAUAAAGGCCUCAGCUGCUGCUUUAUUUGACAGAACUCACCUUCAGUACCUGGAAAAGCUCAACUUUACAAAGUCCACCCAUGUUGAACUUAAAAUGUUCUCAGCAGAAGUAUCAAAAUGCUUCAGUGAGAGUCUCCCCAGUUGUGUGUCUGCCUUUGCAAACACUGAAGGAGGAUACAUAUUUUGGGGGGUGCAUGAUGAGACCCUUCAAGUCAUCGGAUGUGAAAAAGGGAAAAUACAACGUGGCACCCUGAGUGACUCCAUUAGUAGCUGUAUUAGGAAGUUGCCUGUCCAUCAUUUCUGUACCCAGAAGCGUGGGAUAAAAUAUGCCAUCAAAUUCAUUGAAGUACACAAGCAGAGAGCCCUCCACGGAUAUGUCUGUGCGGUCAAGGUGGAACGCUUCUGCUGUGCGGUGUUUGCCAAAGAGCCCAGUUCCUGGCAGGUGAAGGACAGCUAUGUGAGACAGCUGGCCACAAAGGAAUGGGUGGCUUGGAUGACAGAAACCGACCCAGAUCUUUCCAGAUUUUCUGAGAUGCUCCUUGAGCUGAGUUUGUCGUCCACAACACCCCGCAGCAGGAGCGUGUGCACUCAUAAGAAUUUGGAAUGUCUGGAAGAGCAGCAAAAACGGUAUUUCCCAGUAUCAUCAGACAGCGUAAUGUAUAGACCACAGAGCCUCUACAAGGAACUGUUCUCACAACAUAAAGGACUCAGAUUCUUAAUAAAUAAGCAAAUGCGCCUAGUCUCUCAAGGAGUAUUGAUUUUCUCUCAAAGCUGGGCUGUGGAUGUGGGUCUGUCAGAGCAUCAGGGUGUCAUCUGCGACGCUCUUCUACUUUCCAAGGACAAACGUCCAACCCUCUACACCAUCUUCAGGGAGCAUGGCAUGGCCUGGAAGGACUAUUGUAUGAAAGUUGCCUGUGCCUUAAAGCUGAAGCUGGUGAACACAGGUGGCUACACCGGAAAACUGUGCAUCGUUCCCUUUGCCUUCCUCCUGGAUCCUGAUGGAACAUCAAGGAACCUUUGUAUUUCAGAGUUGCAAGAAUACCCUGAGUCCUAUACGCUGACGACCACGCAGCAGAUGGAAGCUCUGUUACAGUCCUUAGUGAUAGUUUUGCGUGGGUUCAGAUCUUUCUUAAGCGAAGAGCUGGGCUCUGAGGUUUUGAACCUGCUCACAGAUAAACAGUAUGAGUUGCUUUCGAAGAACUUUCACAAGACCAGAGAGCUGUUCGUGCAUGGCUUACCAGGAUCAGGGAAGACCAUCCUGGCUCUUAAGGUCAUGGAAAAGAUCAGGAAUGUGUUUCUCUGUCAACCAGGGGACAUUCUUUACAUCUGUGAGAACAAGCCUCUGCAGGAUUUCGUGAGCCACAAGAACAUCUGCCAGGCAGUGACCCGAAAAACCUUCAUGAAAACAAACUCAAAUUUUGAAAAGAUUAGACACAUCAUCAUCGAUGAAGCUCAGAAUUUCCGCCUGGAAGACGGGGACUGGUAUACCAAGGCAAAAACCAUCAUGCAGAGAGACGAGGAUUGCCCUGGAAUUCUCUGGAUCUUUCUGGACUACUUUCAGACUAGCCAUCUGGAGUUCAGUGGCCUCCCCCGUCUCAAAGACCAGUACCCAAGAGAAGAGCUCACCAGAGUGGUCCGCAAUGCAGACCCAAUAGCCAAGUAUCUACAGGAAAUAGUGGGCAAGGUCAGAGAAAAUCCGCCACCUAACAUCCCCGCUAGAUCCCUGAAGAUGCUCCGUGAAGUUGAAUGGGCUCAGGGUGUUCCAGGCAACUUGGAGAUUACGGAGUACUCGGACUUGGAGCAGAUAGUGGUUUAUAUAAAAAACAAAUGCCAAUUUCUCUUGAAGAAUGGUUAUUCCCACAAGGACAUUGCUGUGCUUUGCAGCAAAGCAAGCGAUGUGCACAAAUAUAAACCUAAGCUUCAAAGAGCAAUGAGGAAGAGAGAGAGUUCUGAGCUCAGUGAGGAAUCUUAUCUGUUCAUACGAUUCGAAAAGGCAUCAAAUGUCACGGGCGAUCACAUCGUGUUUGACAGUGUCCGUCGAUUUUCAGGCCUGGAAAGAAACAUCGUGUUUGGGAUCGAUCCAAGUUUUGAGCCAGCUCUUUUCCACAACCUUCUGCUCUGUCUGGCUUCCCGGGCGAGGAAACACCUGUAUAUUCUGAAGAUUUCUAACUGACGGCAAGAUCCUAAUCUAAGAGACAAUUAAGUCACCCUCAUCUCCAGUUCACUGUGAAACUAUUUGAUCUAAACAUUUAAUCGCCAAAUAUUUAAUGACCUACUCACUGUGUGCCGUAUACUCUUCCAGGUGCUGGGGGUUGGGGAUAGGUUAGCAGAUCAGACAGAUAAGAUUCCUUCUUUUGGACAGAGGCACAUUCACAGAGAGCAAACCAAUACAAGUACAAGAAAUUUCCAGUAGUAAUAGGGACACCAGAGU